GGUUUCGCGAUGGGCUGGAGCUGGUCGCUCUUCAUUUGCAACGCCAUCACUGAGGACGUCACGAGGAUUGGCAUCGGCCAUGUCCUCUCGAUCCCCGCGGACGCCGCCGGGAUCGUAUCCGAGCGCGCCCCUUGCGCCCGCCUCGGUCGCGGCGAGCUGGCGGGAGCCUCAUGCGUCGACAACGCCAACGUCGUCGACUCCCCGCGGGAGCUCGUGGACGCCGCGCUGCGCGCCAUCCUCCGCGAGUUCGAGAGGCGCGGCCUCUCCUUCCACGAGGUCUGCUAUGCGACUCUGGACUUCGUCUGCUGCGGCGUCCGCUCUGACUUCAUCCUCGGCCGCGCCGCGCCGCAGCGCGACCGGGCCUGGCGGCUGCGCCGAGCCGUCGCCGCCCUGAUCGAUCGCCGCGGCUGCGCGGCGACGGCCAUGGAGGUGAUCCUUGGCCACGUCGUCCACCACUUCAUGCUCAUGCGGCCUGCCCUGGCGAUCCUGAGCCCCCUCUACCGCGUGGCCUACUCGGAUUGCGACUACUGCAAGUUCGACGUGGAGCAGCUGCGCGAGCUCGGCCUCGUGAAGGCGCUGAUCCCGCUCGCCGGCGUCGACCUCGGCGCCCCAUGGCACCCUUGGGCCUACUGCUCGGACGCCAGCGUGUGGGGCUACGCCCUGGCUACGUCCAAGUUCGAGCCCGACGAGCUCAGGGACAUCGGGGCCUACCGCGACCGCUGGCGCUUCCUCGCCCUCGACCGGUACUCCGACGACCCCGGGGGCCUUACAGGCGCCGAGUGCUCGACGCUGGCCAGCUACGCUGCCGGCGCCAGCGACGACGCCGCCUUCGCCGGCUUGGACCCGCCGCCUCCUGGCCGCAGCGGCCCGCGCCGCCGGCGCGCCGCGCGGAUAGACGUUGAGGCGCCCUCAGCCGCAGCCUGCCGGGGAGGUAUCCCGGCCCUGCCUGACUCCGCCCUGGCGGCGCACAGGUGGCAGCUCGUGGUGCGCGGCGCCUUCCUCUUCGGCGCGCCGAUCCACGUCCUCGAGGGCCGCGCGACCCUGCUGGGUCUCCGCCGGGCCACCCGGUCCGUCGCGGCCCACGGCUGCCGCGCCCUGUCGAUCGGCGACAACCUCUCGUCCAUGAUGGCCUUCGAGAAGGGCAGGUGUGCCAAUCCUGUCCUCCGGCAGCUCGCCUGCCAGGCUGCCGCUCGGCAGCUCGCUACGGGCAUCCAGCACUACCACCGCUGCUCGGAGAGCAAGCGGGACCCCACCGACUACGAUUCCAGGGCCGCCGACCGCUUCGGCUCGCGCCCGGCCAGACGCAGCGGGGCGCGGCUCGCGACCUCGGCGUCGCCGUUAGCAUGCCGCCCACGCCGCAGGCGCUGGGCCCCACCUGCGUGGCGGCCGCGCACCCGCGCUCGGUGCAUCCUCGAGCUCUACGCCGGCUGCGCUCGGCUGACGGCCGCCUGCCUCGACGAGGGCCUCCAGGCUUGGGUCCCCGUCGACAUCUCGCGCGGCUCCUGGCACGACCUGACCGACAAGAAUGUGAUUGGCGUGAUCCGCUCGCUGAUCGUUCGCCGAGAUGCGUGGCACGUCCACCUCGGCACCCCUUGCACGCCCUUCAGCCUGGCCACCCCAGCGAGGAGCAGGGCUAAGCAUUUGGCCUCGGGUAGCAGCUCGGUUGCCUUUGCGCUGGACAUCCUUCGCCUGCGCGUUCGAUUUGGAGUUACAUGGUCAGUUGAGAAUCCUUCAGCAUCUCGUCUUUGGAAGUGUCCCGAGGUCAUCGCUUUCUUGGAACGCCACCGUCAUUAUUUCGUUCACAUGCAUUACUGCCACUACAAUUGCCGCUACCUGGAGCCCACAACUAUCGUCACAGAUCUGAAGCCUCUGCGGGCCCUCGAAGCCAGCUGUUCCCGUGAUCACUUUCACGAGGUCCUUGAGGGCCUGGUUCGGCUCGGCCCAGGAAAGGGCACCGCCUGGAAGACAAGUCUUGCUGGUCGAUAUCCAGAGCGGCUCCCUGCUGCGUCGGCGCGCCGGGCCCUGGCCGCGGCGCCGAUCAGCCGGCCCCGAGCGCGGCGGCCGCGGACUGCGAUUGGCGAGCAGCGCGCCGGGCACAGCGACGUGGCCCGCGUGGACUUCCUCGCCAGGCGCCGCGUCAAGCCGCUGACCCAGCAGCACUACGUGAAGGCUGCGGCCGAGGUUCGGCGCUUCGCAGCCCUCCACCACUACCUGGGCCAGACAGCCGCGCAGAGGGACAAGCUGAUGGUGGACUACCUGCAGCACGUCUUCUUGGCGGGCGACGGGAUCUUCGCGGCGCGCGCGGCCCUGUACGGCUACGCCUUCGAGGGGCGUCUCAACCUCAAGGAGGCGUCCGAGUUCCCGCAGGCCGCGGUGCUGAUCAUCGAGCCGUGCUUGAGCUCUCCCGCCCUCCAGCAGCGGCUCCUCGGCGCGGCCGUGGCGGUCGCCUUCGACGGCUACCUGCGGCUCUCCGAACUGCUGAGCAUCAAGAGCUGCGACGUCACCUGCCUCCAGCACUCGGCGACGUCGGGCUACCCCCAGGUCUCGAUCACCCUGAUGCCGAGCUCGCCGCCCGACGCGCCGCCGUCGACCACCGCGAAGUCAGGCGAGUGCGACGACGCGGUUACCUUCGGCGGCGGCGGGCCCGGCACCACGCCCCGUCGCUGGGCGGCCAGGCUGCUUCGCGACCUGAAGUUAGCCACACCCAGCACCAGGCCGCUCUUCCCGUUCGGGGUCAGGGAGUUCCAGCUGGCUUUCCGCCAGGCGGCUGACGCCGCCGGCUUGCAGAGGCUCAGGCUCUGCCCGCACGCCCUGCGGCAUGGCGGCGCCUCGUCGGACUUCGCCCUGAAGGCCCGGGCCCUUGCAGAGGCGCAGCGGCGCGGGCGGUGGAAGUGCGCCGCCAGCGUGCGGCGCCACGAAAAGGCGGGCCGCCUGACUCGCCAGCUCGCCAAGCUGUCUC